GACCACGCGGAAAUCCGCUCUCCAGGUAGGCAACAGUUUGUAAGUUUCAUUCCGCCGUUCGAAAUAGCUGCCUAGCUGUUGUUUCUUUUCUUUCGGUACGAUGAGUUGACUGUGUUCAUGGGCGAUGGGACUAGGCAUCUACAUUUAGCGACGCAGAUCCUGAUAAUAAAUACAGUUUACACCUCUAUAGAAGUUUAGGACCAGUUAUAGCUUCAAGGAUGUUCUUCCCAGACGUGACUCUCUCAGCCAUAAAUUACGCGCUUGUGUGGGGAAUAACGUGCUUGACUAUCUGCAGCAAUUUCACCCAAAGUUCUUCUGAGUUUUCAGGCUACCUGUCCAAAGUCUUGAGGAACUACACAGAACAGGCCUGCGAUGGAGAAUACUUCUCAGUACACUGUCCACCCAGCACAACCAUCAGCAUUCAAUCCUCUUUCUAUGGCAGAAGAGGCUCUGCACCCCAGCACUGCCUGCCCCAUCAUAGUAACCCCAGCACACAGCUGCUGGGAGAUGACAGACACUGCUUUGUCUCAACUUCACUUCAGAAGAUGCUGGAUGAGUGCCAGGAUAAGAGGAGCUGUCAGGUCCUUGUCAACAGCCGCCUAUUUGGGACAGACCCAUGCCCAGGCAGAAGCAAAUACCUCAUUGUGUGGUACAAAUGCCGGCCAAAUAAGUAUAAGAGCAAGGUGGUCUGUGAGGGGGACUGGCUGAGGCUGAAUUGCAAGCAGAGCAUGCGGAUUGCCAUCUACUCCGCCAUUUUUGGCAGGUCCCAGCCAGGUGCCCUGGAAUGUCCACCCUAUGACCAGAAGGCACCAGCUGUAGAGUGCCAGUCAAUGGGCGCCCUCCAGGUGCUAACAUCCCGUUGCCAGGGUCAGAGGAGCUGUUCUGUCCACGCCACCACCCAGGAGUUUGGGGACCCCUGCUACUCUGGCACCCGCAAAUACCUCAGGGUCAUCUACACCUGUGUUCCAAAGAAGCUUCUGAAGGAGGCCUCCACCAAGCAAGCUGUGUACCCUCUGCCACCAAGUCUCCAUGACCCAAAUGUUGUAGGAGACAGUGCACUUCCUGAGGGAUCCACACUUGUGACCUCGGACUCUCUGCCAGGGAAGAAAAAGAGAGGGAGGGAGUCUGGCUUGUACUCCUUAGAAGACAAGGCCUUUCCAGAAGGCACGUAUGACGGCCCUCUCUGGACCCUGAGACCCCCCGUAGAUGCCCAGGCAGUGAAUGUGGAGAUGGCUCUGAUCAGCAAUGCUCUAGCAGCCUACAACUUCAUAGCAGAGCACCCGGAGAGAGCGGCCCUGUAUUUUGUUUGUGGCGUGUGCCUUGGCCUUCUCCUUACGCUGUUUGCCCUGGUGGUCCAGAUCUCUUGCCGCACAGACUGCCAGGCCAAGCCUCACAGGAAGCGAGGGGCACGGGGGCGAGGGGCAGAAAGUGCCAGUGAUAGCAGCGAUGACAGUGACUCCUCAGACUGGGACACAACCUCUGACCUGUCAGCCCGCCGCCAUCGCCGCUUCGAGCGGACGCUUCACACCAAUGUCUUCACCUCAGCUGAGGAGCUGGAGCGGGCCCAGAGGCUGGAGGAGCGCGAGCGCAUCAUUCGUGAGAUCUGGAUGAAUGGACAGCCUGACGUACCAGGGACUCGCAGUCUCAACCGCUACUACUAAGCCCGUCCCCAAAACCCCCUUCCUCAGGGAGGCUAAUGGAUGUGCGGCGAUCCUGCAGUUGGCCUGGGGGGGGGGGGGGGGGGUGCCGGCUUUGUGCUCCAAAGGCCAUUGUUUGCCAGACCUACAAUAGCGGUGGCACCCUCAGAUUUUUUGCAGUGAGAAUAAGCUGUUCAGCAUGUGAAGCUUGGCCUGAAAACUGUGGCUUUGAGGCAGAGAUGUGUGCCACCCUUUCAUCCCCCCCCCUCUUUAUUUUUCCUAAUGAAGUGAGGGUCUGUUGGGGGUUUUUUCACUAUAGCUAUAGGUCAAAUUCUGAAGGAGGACUUAAAGUUCAAGGUCAGAUUCACUGACCUUAGUAGAGAUGGGUGAGUAUGGGCCUAUCCAUUAUUAGAGUGCAGGCUCUUGCCCACCACUGCUUUGAUCCAGUAUUCAAGAGACUGUUUACAGAGACUGGAGACCCAUUUAUAAACUGUUGUUGGAAAAUUGACUGGAGAAAUAGAUUUUAAAGGACCAUUUAAAACUUGCCAAACUUUGAACCAAAAAUCUUUUAAAUUCAUCUCAGCCCUUAUGAAAUCAAUUUUAUUUUUUCUUCAUAUUUAAUAGUUUUAUUGUAAUUUUUGUUAUGAAAUAUUUUUGUACAACGGCAAAGCUUUGUCUGGCACCUCAGGGAUGGAAUCCUAUUGUUUCAUUGUAUGAACAUUUUAUUAAGAAGGGGAUUAUUACAUUGCCUGAGUUGUGUCAGCAUUUAAAUAAGAUAUUAAAAAACCUCAAAGAGGGUAA